AUGGAGAAAAAGUUCGCUCUUGAUGAAUGUCUUCGUGUCGCAUAUCACGAGUUUUUGCAGGAGUACGAAAGUCUGGGUCACAUGGAGGUGGUGAAUUCGCGCGCGUCGUGUAGUCCACAGUUUUUCCUACCCCACCAUGCCAUCCACCGUCCUGAGAGUUCCACUACGAAGACACGAAUCGUAUUCGAUGGAUCCUGUCGUAGCUCCACCAGUUUGUCGUUAAACGAGAUUCUUUUUGUCGGACCAACAGUACAGCCAGCUCUGUACUCUACCGUCAUCAACAUUCGCUUGCCUAGAUACGCGGUUACUGCUGAUGCUGAGAAGAUGUUUCGACAGAUCUGGGUGCAUCCAGAAGACCGAAGGUAUCAACAGAUUCUGUUCCGAACAGAUCCAUCGGAGUCGGUCCGCAUUUAUCAGCUUAAAACCGUUACCUACGGAUUAGCUAGCUCGCCGUUCCAUGCAACACGCGUUCUGAAUCAAUUGGCUAUUGACGAAGGAGAACGCUUUCCGUUAGCAGUCCCCGUGAUAAGCAAAGGGACUUAUGUAGACGAUGUACUCACCGGCCAUGACGACAUGAAUCUACUUGCCGAGACUUGUCGGCAGUUAAUGGAAAUUCUGAAAACAGCAGGCCUCGUGCUCAGAAAAUGGGCAACAAAUGACACAUCCGUCCUCAGUUACGUACCUCGUCAAUUGUGGGAAACCAAACCAGAACUCGAAAUAGAUCGCACACCUACAGUCAAGACCCUAGGAUUACUUUGGUUGCCCCAAUCAGACACAUUUCAGUUCAAGAUCCCAGAUCUGCCGCAGCUGCAAGUCGCGACUAAACGCCUCGUCGUAUCCGAAAUGUCGCAAUUAUUUGACCCUCUUGGUCUUCUCGGACCUGUAGUGGUUAAAGCUAAAAUGUUGGUCCAAGUCCUUUGGGCAGAGCACUGGUCGUGGGACGAUCAACUGUCCAAAGAACACGCUUCCUCGUGGGCAACCUAUCGCUCGGAGCUCAACCAGCUACAAGCACUCUCCGUACCGCGCAGAGCAGUCAAGAAUCGACAAUACAGUUUGCACUGCUUCUGCGAUGCAUCGAAAGUAGCAUAUGGCUGCUGCAUCUACGUCGUCUCAACUGACGAAUUCGGACAAUGCCACAGUCAUCUACUGACAGCCAAAUCUCGUGUCGCUCCAUUACGUGGGCAGUCAAUUCCUCGACUUGAACUGUGCGCCGCUCUGCUCGGUAGCCAGUUGGCUGACACUCUUCGGAGGGAAACCGAUUUCGUCGAAUCACCAACGUUUUGGGUGGACUCCAGUAUUGUUCUGCACUGGCUGAAAUCUCAGUCGAAUGUCUGGAAAGUCUUCGUAUCGAACCGAAUCGCAGAGAUCCAGCGCCUAACCAAUGGCUCCAAGUGGAGGCAUGUCCCAUCGGAACUGAAUCCAGCUGAUCGUAUUUCUCGAGGAAUGAUGGCAAGUCAGAUCUCGAAGGACGAUUUGUGGUGGCAUGGACCAAGUUUUCUCAAGGACCCCGUCGACAGUUGGCCCGAGUGUGUGGUUUCGACGCCGGAUGCUCAUCAUUUGCAGCAAGAAGCUUGUCCAGUGCACUCUAUGCACAGUACUAUUGUCGACUCAACAAUCUUUGAUCGUUUUUCGGACCUAGCCAAGCUGGUGCGGGUAGUAGCACGAUGCUAUCGAUUCUUUAACAAUGCCAAACUCCCUCGAAAUGAUCGCAUCGAUGGUACACUGAACCCCGAAGAAGGUGAACAUGCACUCAAGAUCCUCGUCCGACAAGCCCAACUGGAUAAUUUCCCUAUGGAAGUUCGUCAUUAUAGCCGCAUCCAAGGUGCACAAGCUGCUACAGUUUUGCCAAUGUCGAAGUCACCACUCAAGGACCUGAAGUUGUUCAUGGAUCAGUUUGGAUUGCUCAGACUUUGCGGAAGACUUGCGAACAUGAAGACCUGCUUUGACACUCGCUUUCCGAUACUGCUCCCAGCUGAUCACCGACUCACGAUUCUGGCCAGUCCGGGGUCGACAACUAGCACGCAAAGUGGUACGUCAAUGUGUUACCUGUUUCCGGUGUCAACCACGACUAGCUCAACAAAUAAUGGCACCUCUUCCAUCUGUUCGCGUGUCUUCUGCUGGGCCGUUCAUCCACUCUGGGAUGGAUUACUGUGGACCGUCGGUCGGGGCGCGUCGGUAAAAGUGUACGUCGGACUAUUCGUGUGCCUCGUGGUUAAAGCUGUGCACCUUGAAGUCGUCGCAGAUUUGUCCUCCGUUGCCUGCAUAAACGCCGUCAAACGUUUCGUGGCUCGUCGCGGUCGUGUGCUCGAACUACAUUGCGACAACGCGACUGCUUUCGUCGGAGCAGACCGAGAACUUCGCACAAUGCGAGACGAGUUUCGUCGUCAAUUUCGGUCCAUAGACUGGGAAAACUUCUGCUUGGAAAGUGGAAUAAAAUUUCGCUUCAUCCCGGCUCGUUCGCCACACUUUGGCGGUAUCUGGGAAGCCGGAAUAAAAUCCUUCAAGCACCACUUUCGGCGCAUCAUGGGCAACCGCUCAUUCUCCGUGGACCAGCUCCAAACCGUCGUUGCCCAGAUCGAAUCGGUGCUCAAUUCCCGUCCUCUUUCUCCGCUUACAGAUUCUCCUGACGAUUGUACCGCUUUAACUCCUGGUCACUUCCUGGUUGGCGAACCCCUCGUUGCCAUCCCGGAGCCCGACCUGAUCGACAUCAAUCCGAAUCGUCUGUCUCGUCUACAGGAGAUGCAAAAAUCGGUCCAAGAUCUCUGGCGUUGCUGGCAACGGGACUACGUCAGUCAACUUCAGCAGCGAGCAAAGUGGAAACAGCCACAGUCUGAUGUCCGCGCUGGUCAGCUAGUGCUUGUCAAGCAAGCGAACGUACCCCCGCUCCAAUGGCCAUUGGGGCGGAUUGUCGACACUGUAGUAGGCAAAGAUGGAAGAGUUCGGGUAGUCAUUGUCAAGACUGUCUCCGGACAAUACAAGCGAGCGGUCACUGAGAUCGCUGUCCUUCCUGCAGAAUCCACCGAAGAUGACAACAAGGCAGACAGCAUGGUUGCUAGAUCGUGA